UAUAAUUCAGAAAACCUCACUCACCCUGCCUUCUCCCAAACAUUGUGUUAAAGCUCAAAGGGUUAACGUUGCUUUUGUGUGAGAGAAGACGACACCUUCCAGCUUCAUUCUUCCCGUCUGGCAAUGAUAAUUCACACAAGGGACUCUACAUUUCAACAGUUUUCCACAAGAAAUGACCCGACUGAGACGCUUCAUUCUCUUGAAUUGAUCAAAGUAAGAAAAACGAUUUGGUGAUACAAUUAUAUGUAUUUGUUUCUUCCCCCUUUUGUUUCCAUCUGCAUAAUCUCAAAAUUUUAAUCCUUUUAUAGUUGGUGAUCUUCGUUGUCGAUUACGUGCUGAUUUUUGGACAUUUGAAGUGAUUUUCAAUUUGGUUUCCUUGAUCUUGAUUUACUUAAACCCUAACCCCCAUUUGCACUGUAAUUUUAAUUCCAAUGCAAAUUGUGAAAUCACUAUCUGGUCUUUCACAUUCCCAUUUGUACAAUCUACUUCUCAACCCCAAACAGCCUCCGUUUCCUUCCUUUUCUUCAUUUGCCAAAAUCUCAAAAACCCCAAACCCUGCCCUUUUCCAAUUCCUAAUAGAAACCUUCAAUUUCUCUGAAACCCAAGCGCUCACUCUCUCCGCCCGCCGUUCUAGUUUAAAAUCCCUUGAAAAUGCUCAAUCUGUGGUUAACUUUUUCAAAAACCUUGGUGUCUCCAAUUCCCAAAUCCAGUCUGCUGCUCAUUUAUUUCCCCAAAUUAUCUUCGCUAACCCCGACAAGACCCUUGCACCAAAAAUCAAGGUCUUUCAGGACUUGGGUAUUGUGGGUCAUGACCUGGGUAAGCUCAUUUCCAAAAGUUCCCCAAUUUUAGGUGCAAGUUUGACGACAAAGUUGGUUCCUUGUGUUGAAAUCUUGCAGAAACAUUUGUUGAAUGAUAAGAAGAAUAAAGAUUUGGUAACCGUUUUAAUUAGAUGCUACCGCAUUGUUACCUGCAAAAACCCUCAAGCAAGAUUGUUAUCCAGCAUAGCAUACCUUGAGAGUUGUGGGAUAGUUGGAUCUCAGCUCUCAUUUUUGUUAAUUAAUCAGCCUCGGCUUUUAGCGUGCCAAGAAUCCGUGCGUAGGGGCAUUGUUUCUCAAACUUUGAGUAUGGGAUUCUCAGCCAAAUCGAGGAUGUUAGUUUAUGGUUUAAUUGCUGUUUUUUGCUCAGGUGACAGGACAGUUGAGAGAAAAUAUAGACUUUUUAGGAGUUUUGGUUAUUCAGAGUAUGAAUGCAGACAAAUAUUUGGAAAGGCUCCAUAUUUGCUAACAAGGUCUGAGGAGAAGUUGAAGUUGAAAAUUAAAUUCUUUUUGAACACAGUGAAGCUUGAAAAGGAGAACUUAGUCCGUUAUGCUCCAAUUUUGAUGCAGAGCAUGGAAAGAAGAGUGCUUCCUCGUUUCAGAGUUUGGGAAAUUUUGAAAUCAAAGAAAUUUUUGGAGGAAAAAGUGCGUGUUGCAAUGUUUUUCUCGACAGAGGAGGUGUUUGUGCAGAAGUAUAUAUCAAGCUUUCCAGAUGAGGCAGAGGAAUUGUUGCUAGCUUACAAAGGUCAUACUUGGCAUCAUCUUCAGAAGAAGAAAGAUCUUGAUAUAAGUUAGCUUUCAAGGGCCUUUAAGUAUACAUGGAGCAACUUGCCUGAAGUCGCAGCACCUUUUCAGCGACAUGGGUACAUGUCUAUGGACACGGGCUAUAAACUUUAAAGGUGCAAGUUAGACGGCAAAGUUGGAUCCUUGUGUUGAAAUCUUGCAGAAACAUUUGUUGAAUGAUAGGAAGAAUAAGGAUUUGGUAACCGUUUUAAUUAGAUGCUACCGCAUUGUUACCCGCAAAAACCCUCAGGCAAGAUUGUUAUCCAGCAUAGCACACCUUGAGAGUUGCGGGAUAGUUGGAUCUCAGCUCUCAUUUUUGUUAAUUAAUAAGCCUCGGCUUUUAGCGUGCCAAGAAUCCGUAUUUAGAAACAUUGUUUCUCAAACUUUGAGUAUGGGAUUCUCAGCCAAAUCGAGGAUUUUGGUUUAUGGUUUAAUUGCUGUUUUUGGCUCAGGUGACAAGACAGUUGAGAGAAAAUAUGGACUUUUUGGGAGUUUUGGUUAUUCAGAGUAUGAAUGCAGAGAAAUAUUUAGAAAGGCUCCAUAUUUGCUAACAAGGUCUGAGGAGAAGUUGAAGUUGGGAAUAAGUGUCUUUCUGAACUCAGUGAAGUUUAAGGAGGCCUUAGUCUGUAGUGCUUCAAUUUUGAUUCAGAGUAUGGAAAAAAGAGUGGUUCCUGGUUUCAGAGUUUGGGAUAUUUUGAAAUCAAAGAAAUUAUAUAAGGAACCAAGCUUUCGUAAAAUGUUGUUUAUGACAGAGGUGAUGUUUGUAGAUAAGUUUAUCUCAAGCUUUCCAGAUGAGGCUGAGGAAUUAUUGUUAGCUUACAAAGGUCAUACUCUGGUUUCAUCUUCCAAAGAGAAAAAUUCUUGAUGCGAGUUAGCUCUCAAAGGACCCUUUUUGUAUUGGCUGCCUCCUUCAACACCCUAGAAAGUAACUUGGCUUGGGUCAGUCAAUCAUAUUUUAAUUCAAAUGUCUUUUUCUUUUCUUUUC